ACAUUAAUGCCACGGGCACUGUCAUUACAGAUCAAAUGGGUCCAUAGACUCAACUGGUCAAUCAAAUUUCCCCCAUAAUUGUAAUAACCAAAACACAUCUUCGAAUCAUUUCCAUUGUAUGCUUUGACAACUGCCACUUUUCUCCCUCUUCUCCAAUCAGAGAAAAAAAUCCUCCAAAAACCCAGAAAAAAAAAAUGGUGGCCGUGUUCUACAAAGACAUGUUGAGCUGGUACUUGAUCACCAUCAAGCUCAGGGAAAAGCUCGAAGCCCAGAAACAGCAAUCCGAAACCGAUCAGAAUCUGCCCGAUGGAACCGAACCAGAUCAAGAUCAUGUCCUGCAGAAGCAUCGACAGGUUCAGACAGAGCCCAUAACGAUCGAAAUCAAAGAGAGCCCGAGAGAGCCCAGAGACGAAUGGGUCAUCUCCAUCAGAGACAAACUCGAUCAAGCUCAUAGAGACGACGACACUUCCAUCUGGGCGAAGCUCUGCAUCUACAGAGUCCCUUAUUACCUGCAAGAAAACGACAACAAGUCCUACUUCCCUCAGAUCGUGUCUUUGGGUCCUUACCACCAUGGCAAGAAGCGUCUCCGUUCAAUGGACCGCCAUAAAUGGAGGGCUGUUCAGAGGAUUCUGAAACGCACGAACCAAGAUAUCAAAAUGUAUAUUGACGCCAUGAAAGAGCUCGAGGAGAGGGCGCGUGCUUGCUAUGAAGGAUCCAUCGGUAUGAGCAGUAAUGAGUUCGUGGAAAUGCUCCUUCUUGAUGGCUGUUUUGUUCUUGAGCUCUUCAGAGGCGCUGUUGAAGGGUUCAAGGAACUCGGAUACGCACGUAACGAUCCGAUAUUCGCGAUGAGAGGAUCGAUGCAUUCGAUCCAAAGAGACAUGAUAAUGCUGGAAAACCAACUCCCCUUGUUCGUGCUUGACAAAUUACUCGAACUCCAGCUCGGUAUACCGAACCAAACCGGGUUAGUUGCACAAUUAGCGAUUCGGUUCUUCGACCCGUUGAUGCCAACGGACGAGCCGUUGACCAAAACCGACCGGUCAAAGCUCGAGAGCUCUCUGAAAACAGACAAAACCUUUGACCCAUUCUCCGACAUGGGAGGGUUGCACUGCCUCGAUGUUUUCCGGCGAAGCCUUCUCCGGUCUGGUCCUAAACCGGAGCCGAGGUUAUCUCGGAGGAGAUGGUCCCACAACCGGCGCGUGGCUGACAAACGCCGGCAACAGCUGGUACAUUGCGUGACGGAACUCAAGGAAUCAGGGAUCAGAUUCCGGAAGCGGAAAACCGACCGGUUUUGGGACAUCAGAUUCAAGAACGGUUAUCUCGAGAUUCCCAGACUACUAAUCCAUGACGGUACAAAAUCUUUGUUCCUGAAUCUCAUAGCCUUGGAACAAUGCCACAUCGACUCGAGCAACGACAUAACAUCAUACAUAAUAUUUAUGGACAACCUUAUAAACUCUCCACAAGAUGUAGGCCUCUUGCACUACUAUGGAAUCAUUGAACAUUGGUUAGGGAGUGAUUCGGAAGUGGCAGAUUUAUUCAACAGAUUGUGUCAAGAGGUCGUUUUCGACAUAGACGACAGUUAUUUGUCUCGUUUGUCCGAAGAGGUUAACCGUUAUUACAACAAGAAGUGGAACGCUUGGAGGGCUACCUUGAAACACAAGUACUUCAACAAUCCUUGGGCUAUUGUCUCUCUGUUUGCUGCUACUAUCUUGCUCACUCUUACCUUCUCUCAGAGUUUUUAUGCUGUGUAUGCUUAUUACAAGCCGCCAUCUUGAAUUUUUUUUUUUAAUUUCGUUUGGUUA